AUGGCUCUGAGUCUUGUGUGCAAGGAUUGCAAUGCUCAGCUUAGGAGCGUGGCUGAAGCAACUCAACAUAAUGAGGCAACCGGCCACGCCAAUUUUGAGGAGUCAACUGAAUCUGUGCUCAACCUUGUUUGCUCGACGUGUGGAAAGCCUUGCCGCAGCACAACAGAGCAGGAGUUGCACACAAAGCGAACAGGCCACACCACGUUCCAGGACAAGACUGAUGAAGCUGUCCCCAUGGACACUGAGACUCAGAUGAAAGAAGCUGCCGCCGCAUUGAAGGAAGAGGAACAAGGUGGCUCAAAGGCAGAAGCACCUGCAAGCUCUGGCGAGGAUGAUGUGUUGGUGGAGCCCACUGUGAAUGCAGACCUGCUGCAGCAACUGCAGGACAUGGGCUUCCCAAAGAACAGAUCUGUGCGCGCUCUGCACUCAACUGGAACGGACAACAUUGAGCAGGCUGUCAGCUGGAUAGUGGAACAUGAGGAGGACGCUGACCUGGACACGCCACUGCUCAUCCCACAGAAGGACAACAAAGAGGACAAGCCCAAGCUGAGCCCCGAGGAAGCGAAAAAGCAAGCCGAGGAAGUCCUUCGCAAAGCGAGAGAAAAGCGCGAGAGGGAGGACCGCGAGCUGGAGAAGGUGCGUGAGGCGGAGGCGCGGCGCGCGACCAAGGAGCUGAUGGCGGCGCAGCGGCAGGAGGAGGAGCUGCGGCUGAAGCGCAACAUUGAGGACCGCGCGCGCGAAAAGGCCGAGGAGGCCCGAGCGCGCGAAAAGAUCCGUGUCAAGCUCGAGGAGGAUCGUCGGGAGCGGCGGCGCAAGCUGGGCCUGCCAGAGGAGCUGAGUGAGGAGGAGAAGGCGGCGGAGGCGGCCAAGAAGGCAGAGGCCGCUAAGGCCAAGGUGUCGCGCGCGCUCCCCGUCAAGCCCAUCGCCCUCAUCACCCAGCUGCGCGACGUCCUGGUGGGCAUGAAAAAGGCGUAUGCGAAUGAGGACGAACGGGUAAAGGCCUGCUGGGCCACCCUCCUCAAGUACUGCGGCAACAUCGUCAGGGACCCAAACGAGGAGAAGUUCCGCAAGAUCCGGCUGAGCAACGCGGCGUUCCAGACGCGCGUGGGCAGCGUGGAGGGGUCUCUGCGAUUCCUGGAGCUGCUGGGAUUCGACAAGGAUGCCGGCGGGGAGUUUAUUGUGAUGCCGCGAGACAAAGUCAGCGUGGAAACCCUCAAUGCCGCCGGCGGGGAGCUCAACAACGCCCUCACCAACCCCUUCUUCGGGGCGCUGUGACAUAAUUUGAUGGCGCCCACCUGAGGCUUCAGCUGCCGAGAUCUUGCCCUCUAUAGUGCGGCUUUAUGCCGAGGUCUCGCCGGCGGCACUAUACAUGAUUCUUUAUAAGUCUGCUUCAGUUUGCCAUACUACAGUGGCAAAGGCAAGCCAGACUGUAGUGCAGCAAGUACAACCUGGACAAGUCAUCUGAGAAGAUGUCCGCAUUUCUCAUUCUCUAAUCCAGACAAAGUGCAAUGUGGCGUUUGACUUCUCAUGAGGGGAUGUAACAGUGGAGUUGCAG